AUAAAGAUCUUGUCGAAGAGCUGCAGGGGAGUACUUCCAAGACCACCCCAAGAACUACUACCCCGGCGCCGCGGUGGCUCGCGAUGCUGGGAGAACAGGCCAACGAGGUGUCGUAUCUCUUGUGCGACGAGGGCCACACGUACAACCUGCUUGGGGAGUUUUUGUUUCUUUGGCUGCAGUCCCACCGAGAGCAGCUGCGGAAAGAACAAGUACACACUGAAAAUAAAGGUCAUGACCACGACGGCAGGAAAUUUUCGGAACAAAUUUUGCUGUUGCUCGAGGGCCGCGUCAACCAGCUGAUCGCCGAGGCCUGGCGGAUGCAGCGCGAGGCCGCGGAGGUUUGGCUCAAGGUGCUGCAGGGCGGACCGCGUUCACUAUCCGAGCGCACAACUACUCCCCCUCCCCCUCAUUUGUAAUGGAAAAUCCCAUAUCGAUAUCGAAUCCAGUUGGUUGCUUGUGGCACUGUUUGGAUUACAGAUUCCGGAAGCCAAAACAGUACUUCUAGACUCGGCACGUGAACUUGCCAUACACAGGCUCCACGUGUGUUGGUGGUUGUGAUGCUGUUCAUGCCAACAUACAAAUGAGCGGGAGAGGGCAUUGUACACUCUCAUAUGCACGACCAGGGAGCAGCGCGACGAGCCCGUCU